AAUAAUAAUAAUAAUAAUAAUAAUAAUAAUAAUAAUAAUAAUAAUAAAAGUAAUAAUAGUAAUAAUGGUAAUAAUAAUAAUAAUAGUAAUAAUAAUAAUAAUAAUAAUAAUAAUAAUAAUAAUAAUAAUAAUAAUAAUAAUAAUAAUAAUAAUAAUAAUAAUAGUAAUAGUAAUCAAAGUAAUAAUAGUAAUAAUAGUAAUAAUAGUAAUAAUAAUAAUAAUAAUAGUAAUAGUAAUAAUAAUAAUAAUAUUAAUAAUAAUAAUAAUAAUAAUAAUAAUAAUAAUAAUAAUAAUAAUAAUAAUAAUAAUAAUAAUAAUAAUAAUAAUAAUAAUAAAAGUAAUAAUAGUAAUAAUAGUAAUAGUAAUCAAAGUAAUAAUAGUAAUAAUAGUAAUAAUAGUAAUAAUAAUAAUAAUAAUAAUAAUAAUAAUAAUAAUAAUAAUAAUAAUAAUAAU